AUGGCCACUGUCGCACAGCCCGCGUCUAUCAGUAAUGGGACUCAUGUGCAAGAAAACGAUCAACAUACCGAGCACGGUCCUCCGCGUUUUACUGCCGUGAAUGGGAAGGAAACAACAGCAUUGCACAACCCCAGCAUUCCGCCUAUGACCGUGAACCAAAACCAGAGCAGAGAAGCUACCGAUUUUGUGGGAAUUAAUGGCAACACAAAUAGCUCACGGCCAGAAGAAAGCCCACGCAAACUGUCAAAUGCAAGCAAAGAACAAGCCGACGAAUAUGGAUCGCAAGAAUUAUCGUUUCAUACAACACCCGGUGGAGCGAACAAAAAUAAGAGAAAGCGAUCAGAGUCUAUCGAGCAUCAUUCAUCAUCUCAGCAAGACCAUUUGCGUUUGGGCGGCGACGUUACAGGAAUCCCUGCUCGCGUCGUCUCGGAAGGCAAUUCUGAAUUGUCUAUACAGUCAGAAGCAACCAACAGCACCAAGUUACUCCCUACGAAUGUUGACUAUUCUAAUCCGUCUCCUACAAGCUACUCGCAUCCGGAGGUCAAGGAAGACCAGGCGAUCAAUGGCACCAGCAGCUCUUGGCAUGAUUACGAUUCGCAUUUGAUUAGUCAAGCUCAAAAGGCGCAAAAUUUAGAUACAUCUGAUGCUCAACUCGUGGAAGUUCUGCAAAGAGAGACCCAUUCCACCGAUUCAAUCGAGCACAAAUCAUGGGUUACUGGCCCGACUUCAGCCUCUGGUGAGUCAGAUCAGCGGUCUGUUCAACCUUAUGCACAGGACAAACCACAGGCGGCUAUUCAGGUCGGUCCGAAGAGGAAACGGGUUUUCAGCAAUCGAACUAAAACCGGCUGUCUGACAUGUCGGAGGAGAAAGAAGAAAUGCGAUGAACAACAUCCAGCAUGUAACAAUUGUAUACGCGGUGGAUUCGUCUGUGAAGGCUACUCUUCUAGGAGUACUUGGCAAAAGCCAUCAAGCAGCAAGGCUCCAGUACCACUACAGUCUAAGGAAGGAUACACCGACGCAGGCAAUCAUUACUUGCAAGAUGCUGGCGGCCGGCAUCAUGAACGGGGUCCAACGACACCACAGCAAUCUGAAGUGAGCAAAGUCAGACCAGUCGCCGUGGAGGAAAACGAGGGUGCCGGGGUUCAAUACUUGGGCAGUUCAGCAAGUGUUGCGGGAAACCGGAACGCCUGGCCGAAAAGGAGCUGGCCAGGUGCUUCACAUCCUCCUUACCUGGCGGAACAUAUGGCAAAGCCUGAUUAUCGUGAAGUACCUCCGAUUCAUGAACUCUCCCGCGAAGGGCAACCAAAAGCAGAGUAUCAUGUUGUCCCAUCCAUUCGGGAACUUUCUCAACAACAAGGUUCGCACGCGAAACCUAGCAUGCCCAUUUUUCAGAGUCCUGUCGAUCAAAGACCCCCGCAUCCCAGUCCGUUGGACACUAGUAGUCCACAAGCACAAGCCCGUCUAGCUUUAAGCAUCGAACACCAGCUGUCGGCACGCCACAACGCUGGGGAGGACACAGAAAGAGAAAAGAUGGUCCAUGGGGAACUAUAUCGUCCCUUUGAUAUCCAGUUAGUUGAAGACCGUGACCGUUGCAAAUCAGCCUUGUGGCGAUUCAAUAAUGCUUGUAAUCCACAAUCUGGGAUAAGUUCCAAGGAACAGAAUCGUCUUCUUCGGGAGGUUAUUAUACCUCCCGUCACCAGCUCACCUUCAAUGUCUCCUAUUUCGCGACCUUCUGGAUCUAUCGGGCCAGGGGCUAUUGUUGAGGCACCCUUUCGCUGUCAUUAUGGUUUCAAUAUACACAUUGGCGAAGAUGUGAUGAUUUCCGAAAAUUGUUCCAUGAUUGACGAUUGUCCCAUCAAUAUUGGGGCACACACGUGGAUUGGACCCAACGUUACCAUUCUAGGCUCGAUGGCUCACGCCAACAUGCAAGAACGUAAAGGUUCACAAAGUCGAUAUCAAGGUCGUCCAGUUACCAUAGAGGAAGAUUGCUAUGUUGGCGCAAACUGUACGAUCUAUCCUGGGGUGCGUCUUCGACGUGGUGCCUACGUUGCUCCAGGUGAAGUAGUGAAAUCAGACAUCGUUGCAUAUGGGUUUCAGGGACUUAAACCAAGCUAUAUGUGA